AUGGGUAUCGCUCCCCGCAUAUUUUACGGAAAAGCAGCAAAUAUUCCACAUAUUGUUGCUGUGCUACCACCGGACGAUCCAUGUGUAUCAGACGUUGGCAAAUCAUCAGAUGAGGAGGAGCUGUUUGACGGAGACUAUAGCGAUUUGGACCCCGAUUAUCAGCAGCCGUCCACAUCUAAGAAGCGCAAAUGCUUACCAGUAGUUGAUACUUCAAGCGACUGGGAAUCAGAAGAUGAUUUACCUUUAGCGAAUUUUGUGCAAACAUCGAGAGAUAAUGCUAUACCAGGUGGUGAUAAACGUUACACUUGGAGCAAAACAGAUUUCCAACACAUCAGAUAUCCAAAAGAUGUCUUUUUUGCUGGAGUAGACGGAGAAUAUUCCCCUCUGGCUUAUUUCUAA